ACUCUCUGUCCUCACUGAGCGGAGGGCAGAAAGAGACCAAGGACCCUGUCUCCCUCGGGGACUGGGCUCUUCUUCCCAGAGACUCCUAAGUGGACACAGUUGAUUUGGUUGUUGCUCUCGUAGCCAUGACGCUGCCCCACGGCCCCGGAGACGUGGGGGAGCCUCAGCCCGCCCAAGCCGUACAGACCCACAGGCUGGAACACAGACGGGAGGAAGAGAGGAAGGAGGAGCGACAGCACAGCCUGCACAUGGGCUCCUCGGUGCGCAGGCGGACCUUCCGCAGCAGUGAGGAAGAGCAUCAGUUCAGCGCCGCCGACUACGCUCUGGCCGCCGCGCUGGCCCUGACGACCUCCUCGGAGCUGUCCUGGGAAGCCCAGCUGAGGCGCCGGACCUCCACCGUGGAGCUGGAGGAGCGCGGGCAGAAGCGGGUGUGCUUCGGCAACGACUGGGAGCGCACGGAACUCGGCUUCCUGCACACGCAGCGGCUGCUGCGCCAACGACGCGACUGGAGGGCGAUGCGGCAGCGGACAGAGGAGAAGAUCCGGGAGGCCAAGGAGCUGAAGGAGUUGUGUUCCAGCCGGGGCCCCUGGUUCUGGAUCCCGCUCCGCUCCCACGCCGUCUGGGAGCACAACACAGUCCUGCUGACCUGCACUGUCCAGGGCUCACCUCCACCCCAGGUCACCUGGUACAAGGAUGAUGUGCGCAUUGAUCCCCGCCUCUUCCCUCCUGGCAAGUACAGAAUCACCAACAACUACGGGCUGCUGUCCCUGGAGAUCAGGAGAUGCACCUUGGAGGACGCAGCCACCUACACAGUGAAAGUGAAGAACGCCUACGGCCAGGCCUCCUCCUUCGCCAAGGUCCUUGUCCGCACUUAUGUGGGGAAGGAGGCUGGCUUUGAUUCAGAGAUCUUUAAAAGAUCAAUGUUUGGCCCCAGCGUGGAAUUCACAUCGGUGUUGCAGCCUGUCUUUGCCCGUGAGAAGGAGCCUUUCUCCCUGUCCUGCUUCCUUUCUGAUGAUGUGCUUGAUGCUGAGCAGAAGAUCCAGUGGUUCCGAGAUGGCAGGGCCCUGAGGUCCUCAGGACGCCGGCACAUCCUCUACGCAGACCGCCAGGCGUCGCUGAAAGUGUCCUGCGCCUACAAGGAGGACGAGGGUCUGUACAGCAUCCGGGUACCUUCAGCACUUGGGCCCCACGAGCAGAGCGCCUAUGUGUUUGUGAGAGAUGCUGCCGCUGAGAAUCCAGGGGCCCCAGGCUCCCCGCUGAACGUCCGGUGCCUGGAUGUGAACAGAGACUGCCUCAUCCUGACCUGGGCCCCACCCAGUGAUACCCGGGGCAACCCUAUCACCAGCUACUCCAUCGAGCGGUGCGAGGGUGACUCUGAGGAGUGGGUGCCCUGCCAUGUGGCCCCAGGGGGCACCUGUCGAUGCCCGAUCCAAGGCCUCAUCGAAGGCCAGAGCUACCGAUUCCGUGUGAGAGCCAUCAGCAGGGCGGGCAGCAGCCUCCCCUCCAAGGCCUCAGAAGUAGUUGUCAUGAGUGACCGGGAUGCAGCCUGCAGGGAGACAGAGGUCUCCUUUGACCUGGGCAGCAAGAUCACCAUCAGCUUGGACGAUUUUGAAGAUGCUGUGACCAUCCCCUCACCUCCGACCAAUGUCCAUGCCAGCGAAAUCCGGGAGACCUAUGCGGUUCUAAGCUGGGAAGAGCCAAGGCCCAGGGGCAAAGCCCCACUGACUUACGCCCUAGAGCAGUCGGUCAUAGGCAGUGGCAGCUGGGAGGCUAUCAGCUCAGAAACUCCGGUGAAAUCUCCGAGGUUUGCCCUCCUGAACUUGGAGAAAGGGAAGUCAUAUGUCUUCAGAGUGCGGGCCGUGAAUCAGUAUGGCAUGAGUGACCCCUCGGAGCCCAGCGAGCCCAUUGCCUUGAGAGGCAAGACAGCUACUCUCCCUCCUCCAGCUCAAGUUCAAGCUUUCCGAGACACGCAGACCUCUGUGUCCCUGACCUGGGAUCCUGUGGAUGGUGGUGCCGAUCUCCUGGGAUAUUACAUCUACUCCCGGGAGGCAGGUUCACCUGAGUGGCAGACAGUCAACAACAAACCCAUCCAGGGCAGCAGGUUUACAGUUCCAGGGCUGAGGACCGGGAAGGAGUAUGAGUUCUGUGUCAGGUCGGUCAGUGAGGCUGGUGUGGGGGACAGCUCAGCCCCCGUGGAGCCCCUCAGGGUCAAGCAGGCACUGGCCACCCCGUCUGCUCCAUAUGACUUUGCCCUCCUGUACUGCGGGAAGAAUGAAAUGGUCAUUGGGUGGAAACCCCCCAAGCGUCGUGGAGGUGGCAAGAUCCUGGGCUACUUCCUGGACCAGCACGACUCGGAGGAGCCAGACUGGCACCCAGUCAACCAGCAGCCGGUCUCCAGUCGGGUCUGCAAGGUCAGCAACCUCCAUGAAGGCCACUUCUAUGAGUUCCGUGCCCGGGCAGUAAACUGGGCAGGUGUCGGUGAGCUGUCAGCACCCAGCAGCCUAUUUGAGUGUAAAGAGUGGACAAUGCCCGAGCCAGGUCCCCCAUACGACGUGCAGGUGUCCGAAGUGCGGGCCACCUCUCUGAUGCUGCGGUGGGAGCCCCCGAUGUACACAGGGGCUGGGCCAGUCACGGGCUACCACAUCAGUGUCCAGGAGGAAGGCUCUGAGGAGUGGAAACAGGUCAACCCAGACCCCAUCUCUGGCACCCACUUCAGGGUGUCUGACCUACAGACAGGGAAGAGGUACGUGUUCCAGGUGCAGGCCAUGAACUCAGCCGGGGUGGGCCAGCCCUCAAUGCCCACUGACCCUGUGCUCCUGGAGGAUAAGCCAGGUGCCCAUGAGAUCGAGGUUGGUGUGGAUAAAGAAGGCCAGAUCUACUUGGCUUUUGAAGCCCCCGAGGCCCCCGAUGACUCAGAGUUUCAGUGGUCUAAAGAUUACAAAGGCCCACCGGACCCCCAGAGGGUCGAGAUCAAGGAUGAAGUGAACAAGUCCCAGGUCAUCCUGAAAGAGCCCAACCUUCAGGACUUGGGCACCUACUCAGUGGUCGUCACGGAUGCUGAUGAAGACAUCUCUGCAAGCCACACGCUGACUGAGGAAGAGCUGGACAAGCUGAAGAAGUUGAGCCACGAGAUCAGAAACCCAGUGAUCAAACUGAUCUCCGGCUGGAACAUCGACAUCCUGGAGCAAGGAGAGGUGCGGCUGUGGCUGGAGGUGGAGAAGCUGUCUGCCGCUGCGGAGCUGCACCUCAUCUUCAACGAGAAGGAGAUCUUCAGCUCGCCGAACCGCAAAAUCAACUUUGACCGUGAGAAGGGCCUGGUGGAAGUGAUCUUCCAGCACUUGUCUGAGGAGGACAAAGGCUCCUACACCGCUCAGCUCCAGGAUGGGAAAGCCAAGAACCAGAUCACCCUGGCCCUGGUGGACGACGAUUUUGACCAACUUCUGAGGAAGGCAGAUGCCAAGAGAAGAGACUGGAAGAGAAAACAGGGUCCCUACUUCCAAGAACCUUUGCAAUGGAAGGUCACCGAGGACUGCCAAGUGCUGCUGACCUGCAAGGUGACCAACACCAAGAAGGAGACCCGCUUCCAAUGGUUCUUCCAGAAGAGAGAGGCGCCCAAUGGCCAGUACGACCAGCAGACCGGGGAAGGGCUUAUUCGCAUUGAAGAGUUGUCCAAAGAGGACAAAGGAAUUUACAGAGCAGUGGUUUCCGAUGAUCGUGGGGAGGACGACACCAUCCUGGACCUCACAGGUGAAGCCCUGGAUGCCGUCUUCACUGAGCUGGGCAGGAUCAGUGCCCUCUCUGCAACUCCGCUGAAGAUCCAGGGCACGGAGGAGGGCAUCCGGAUCUUCAGCAAGGUCAAGUACUACAACGUGGAGUACAUGAAAACCACCUGGUUCCACAAGGACAAGCGCUUGGAGAGCGGUGAUCGGGUUAGAGCAGGCACCACCCUGGACGAGAUCUGGCUUCACAUCCUGGACCCCAAAGACUCAGACAAGGGCAAAUACACCCUGGAAAUAGCAGCUGGGAAGGAAGUCCGGCAGCUCUCAACGGAUCUCUCAGGGCAAGCUUUUGAUGACGCCCUGGCCGAACACCAGAGACUGAAAGCCUUGGCGAUCAUCGAGAAGAAUCGAGCAAAGGUUGUGAGGGGCCUGCCGGACGUGGCCACCAUCAUGGAAGACAAGACCCUGUGCCUGACCUGUGUCAUCUCAGGAGACCCUGCCCCUGAAAUCUUUUGGCUGAAGAAUGAUCAGCCUGUCACUUUCCUUGACCGCUACCGCAUGGAUGUGAAAGGGACAGAAGUGACCAUCACCAUUGAGAAGGUCACCAGUGAGGACAGUGGGCGCUAUGGUGUCUUUGUCAAGAACAAAUAUGGCUCUGAGACAGGCCAGGUCACCAUCAGUGUAUUCAAACAUGGGGACGAGCCCAAGGAGCUGAAGAAGAUGUGAUGGGCGUGGCCUGGCGCAGCCUGAGAUCCGGUCUGCAGGACCAACAGGACCAACUAGUGGGGUCACAGCCUGGCAUAGGCCAUGGGGCAGGCAGAGGGAAGGAGAGAGGGUGGCAACUGGGACAUGGGGGUAGGAAUGGAGGUGCACCCCAAAGGGAGAAGGAAAGCUACUGCUAGAGCCCUAAGAGGCCUGCAGGAUGGCAGGGUGAGUGCUAGACUGGGAAUAGGAAACUUAGAUAUAAGACUCAGUGUCUGCUAAGUCCUUCAUCCAUCAGACAUGCACCCUCACCCACCCCAUGGGAUAGGGAUAGUCAGGGGCAUCUCCACGGAGGCAGCUAAGCUCUGCAGAAGAUGUUUGGCAGUGUUGAUUUUUUUUUUUUUUAAUGUAUUUGGUACAGGGUCUCACUACACAGCUCAGACUCCUAG